AAGUGCAGGCCUUGUUCUUCAAAGGCCACGGCUGCUGCGGCUGCAGCCGUGUUUUAGCGGAAGGUCAAAUUAUUGAAUAUCGCUAAUUGCAAACAUGAUCGGCACCUUAAUUAGGACAGCCAUCGUCCGAACGGCCCGAUCUAGCAGGCCAAUCGUUGUUCCUGUCACUCGUACCAGCGUGAGGCACAGCGGCGGCCAUGGCCAGUGGGUCUAUCGCCAGGCGACCGAGCCAGACCCGUAUGACUGCAAGAUGGCAGAGGUCAUCAUGACCGUCAUGUGGUGGUGGUUCUUCUACCACAUCAUCACGGAGCCCGAACAGAUCACGGGUCACUUUCUUCGACCAUCGGCGAGUUCGUUUACCGACGCAGAGCUCGGCAUCCCUCCGGAUGACCAAGACUAGACUGCCUCAUCUGCUUUAGGUUGUUUUUUUUUUUCGUCAGUCAGCGGCUGUCCCCAGUUGCCGAUGUAGAACAGAAUUAAAAGCUGUCGUUUUACUGUUUCGUGGUA